AUGCCAAAUAUAACAGUGAAAUGGGGCAAAGAGAAGCUCAGUGUGGACGUUGACAUUAAUGAAUCUCCAUUGGUUUUCAAGUCUCAGCUGUUUGCUCUAACCAGUGUUCCACCUGAUAGACAGAAGAUUGUUGUUAAGGGAAAAACCUUGUCCGAUAGUUCUUGGAAUGGAAUUACUUUAGCGCCAGGUACUAUGAUUAUGAUGAUGGGAAGUGCUGAAGCUGUUCUCGAAGCGCCAAAGGCCGAAACAAAUGAGAAUUCAUCUACUAUCCAAACUCCCGAUGGCUCCGAAAUUCGAUUGGUCAGGGGAAUAAAAAAUCUUGGAAACACUUGUUACAUGAACUCGGUCAUACAAAGUUUUCUGAACAUCAAAGAGGUUGGAAGUGCACUAGAGAGUUACUCAGCGAAAUCCAGAAGUUCAAUCUCAGAUGAAAUUACUCUGGCACUAAAGCAUUUGAAUGGAGAACUGAGAAGUUCAAGUCUCACAACUGCAGUGGCACCUCUAAACAUGCUCCAAAAUCUGCACCGAGCUAUGCCUCAGUUUUCUGAGAGAUCAAACUCGGGAAGUUUUGAACAACAAGAUGCUAAUGAAUGUUACGUUGAGUUGCAACGAUUGUGCCUGAAAGGGUUGAAAGAUUCUGGAAUCAACAUCGAAAAAUUCUUCAAAGGAAAAUUCAUUAUAUCUCAGAAGUGUUUGGAAGACGACAGUGAACCCGAACAAACUACUUCUGAAGAUUUUUUCCAGUUGUCUUGUUUUUUAUCAGCCCAAGUCAAAUAUUUGCAAUCAGGAAUCAAAGAGAAACUAACUGAGGAAAUUACCAAAAAUAGCACUACUCUCAGCAGAGAUGCAAAAUGGUCCAAAAAGGCAUUAAUCGAAAGAUUACCUGCCUAUUUAUCCAUUCAAAUGGUUCGAUUCUUCUAUAAAGAGUCUUCGAAGACCAGUGCAAAAAUUUUGAAAGAUGUCAAGUUCCCAAUGUCUCUGGAUAUGUAUGAUAUGUGCUCCCCAAGUUUGCAAGCCAAGCUACGUCCUCAACGAGAAGCCAUCAAGCUCGAAGAAGAUGCAAAGGUUGAGCAGAUGAGGCGUAUCAAAGUCGAUGAAAAAUCUAAAGUAGUGGAGAACGAAGAUUACGAUGAGCUCCCGUUUUCUUUCCCUGAAGACGAAGGUAGCAACAACAGUGGCUUUUAUGAACUACAGGCUGUUAUUACCCACAAAGGAAGAGCAUCAAACGGAGGUCAUUAUGUAGCCUGGAUUAAAGUUGAGAAUAAAUGGGUAGUUUGCGAUGAUGAAGAAGUGCAGGUGGUCACUCCUGAACAGGUGCUCAACUUAUCAGGAGGUGGUGAUUGGCACACUGCUUAUGUACUUGUCUAUGGUCCGCGUAUUGUACGCAAAUAUCAUGAUAUGUCAGAUUCAGAAAACACACCAAUUGCUGAACCAAAUGCAAUGAGCAUUGACUGA